CCUCGAUCUGUAAACGAUGGCGUUGGAUCCCGAACAGUACUUAAGAACAGUGCAAAGAGAGUAUUUGGACUUCAUCGAUGAUGAUGAUGACCAAGGUAUUUAUCAUGGCAAGAUCAGUGACAUGAUCAAGAAGGAAGGAUGCAGACUCAUCGUAAACAUCAAUGACCUGAGACGAAAGAAUGAAAAACGAGCAAGCAAGUUAUUGACAGAGUCAUUUGAAGAACUGACAGCAUUCCAGAAUGCAUUGAAAGAGUUUGUUGGCUCAGCAGAUGCAACAUAUUCAAAGAAAUUUGAAGAAUUUUUUGUCGGUUUUGAAGGAAGUUUUGGGUCAAAGCAUGUCACUCCAAGAACACUCACGUCACACUUUCUUGGGACAAUGAUCUGCGUCGAAGGAAUAGUCACAAAAUGUUCUCUUGUAUGGCCAAAAGUUGUGCGAAGUGUUCACUACUGUCCAAAGACGAAGAAAACUUUAGAAAGAAGAUACACUGAUCUGACGUCAUUGAAUGCAUUCCCAAGCAGUACUGUGUAUCCAACCAAGGAUGAAGAGGGUAACCCCUUAGAGACAGAAUAUGGCUUGUCGAAAUUCAAAGAUCAUCAGUCAUUUACGAUACAGGAAAUGCCAGAAAAAGCACCAGCUGGGCAAUUGCCACGUUCAGUUGAUAUCAUUGUUGAUAAUGAUUUGGUCGAUAGUUGUAAACCUGGUGACAGGGUUCAGGUGGUUGGAACAUUCCGUUGUCUUCCGUCUAAGAGAGGUGGUUUUACAUCUGGUGUCUUCAGAACCGUUCUCAUUGCGAACAACGUUCAAGUUAUGAGCAAAGAAGCGCCAACCUACACUGCGAGCGAUGUGUCUAAAAUAAAGAAAUUUAGCAAGAACAAGAAGGAUGUGUUUAGUAUUCUUGCAAAUUCUCUCGCUCCGACAAUUCAUGGUCACGAAUACAUCAAGAAAGCCAUUUUAUGUCUUUUGCUUGGUGGUUGUGAGAAAGUUUUAGAUAAUGGCACCAGAUUACGAGGGGACAUAAACAUUCUCUUGAUUGGUGAUCCAUCAACAGCGAAGUCUCAGAUGCUACGCUAUGUUCUGCACACGGCCCCUCGCGCUAUUCCGACCACGGGUCGUGGCUCGUCUGGCGUGGGUCUCACUGCAGCUGUCACCACAGACCCCGAGACAGGCGAUCGAAGGUUGGAAGCCGGAGCCAUGGUGCUGGCUGAUCGAGGAGUCGUUUGCAUCGAUGAAUUUGAUAAGAUGAGCGACAUUGAUCGUACGGCAAUCCAUGAAGUGAUGGAGCAAGGCAGAGUUACAAUAUCCAAGGCGGGAAUCCACGCAAAACUCAACGCAAGAUGCUCCGUCCUUGCCGCCGCUAAUCCAGUUUGGGGAAGGUACGAUCAAUACAAGAACCCAAUGGACAACAUUGGUAUGCAAGAUUCUCUUCUGUCUCGAUUCGACAUGCUUUUUAUUGUGCUUGAUCAGAUGGAUCCGGAAAAUGAUCGGAAAAUUUCGGACCACGUCCUUCGUAUCCAUCAGUAUCGGACACCAGGGGAACAGGAUGGCACAGCGCUGCCGUUUGCUCUGGGAGGUGACACCUUGGCAACUAAAGAUCCUGAUUUAGAGGAUGAAGAGGAAGAAACUCAUGUUUACGAAAAACACGACAAAUUGUUGCACGGUGAUCGUAAGGCGAGGAAGGAAAAGUUGGUUUCUUUGGAGUUCAUGAGAAAGUAUAUCCAUGUCGCGAAGGCAAUGAAGCCAUCAUUAACCGAUGCUGCUGCAGACAAAAUUGCCCACCAAUACGCGGAACUUCGCGAUCAGGAAAAUGUCGGCAAUGAAAAAGCAAAGACGAUGCCUGUCACAGCAAGAACUUUGGAAACAUUAAUUCGUCUCUCAACUGCCCACGCGAAAGCUAGACUGAGCAAAGAUAUUCAAGAGGUCGAUGCGGAGGCAGCCAUAGAUAUGGUUUCUUUUGCCUAUUUUCAUAAGGUUGCAAAGAAAGACAAUGAAAAAGAGAAGAGAAAACGCCGAGGAAGUGACGAAGCGGAGAGUGAGGAAGAACAAGAAAUCCAAGAUGGCGCCCGGGAAAAGCGGAAAUCGAAACGGCAGAAAAAACCGAGAAGAGAAGGCGAGGAGGCAGAUCCGUUUGACUUUGAAGAAGAAGAAGAUGAAAUCCCUGAAAAACCAACUGAUGUUGUUGACCAGAUGAGGAAAAGACGAACAAAGUCUUCGGAUAAAGACGGGGUUGAGGAAGAUGCAACGUCAAUGGAGACUGAAGGUUCAGCUGAGACUCUUCCUAAAGAACGAUUGGAGACCUUCAAAUCGUCGCUUUCAAAAACGUUCGCGGAUGCGCAUGUCCAGUCUUUGUCCAUCGAUGACGUCACCGCUGGAGUGAAUCAAGGUGAAGACUCGGACCAGUUCUCCGAGCGUGAAAUUCGAGCUGCUCUAAGCGUCAUGAUGGAAGCGAACCAAGUUAUGGUCUAUGAAGAUCGUAUUUUCCUUAUUUAGCCCAACGUGAACCCUCCUAACAUACUCUAUCCAAAUGUAUCCAUAUGCUCAAAGCCCGCCUUUUUUGCAACAACGCAAAAUUUGUGAUUGUGAUUACUGUUCUGUGUUAUAAAUUACAGUUGUUAUUAUAUGUAGGUCUGUGACAAGUCAUACAACUAUUUUGAGAAAUUGGCGAUUAAUAAAAGCGAGAGAUA